AUGCUGCAGCAUGCCGUGGGUGGCUCUUGCAUCAAUGUGGAGGGUUCAGGAGGCCUCUUUGACUCGCGCGCAUGUCUGCUCGACACCGAGUUCCCGAUUAGGCACUCUGGUCGUGCUCGGACCGAUCCCAAGUGCAAGCUGUGCCAGGGGCACGCAUGGGAGGGUGAUGCGGAAGAGAACAGGAUGACAGAUAUCUCGCUUAAAUACCUGACCUUCUCCCACCCCUCUCCGUCGGGCAUAGGUGAAGAGCCGACAGGCAGGGACCCUUCGCCCCAGCAUAGGUGGUUCCCAGCCCUACCAUCUGGAGGUCGAGAUACGCCUCCGCCCGAUGCAUCCAUUACUCCAACCGGUUCUAUGGGGUUCUCCACCCCUUCUGUAAUCGUGAUCCCAAGCGACAGCGAGUCUGAUUACUUAUCCGACUCACCCUUCCCAUCGAUUGCCGAGCUCCUUGCCAGCUACGGUGGGGCUAACAGCAUCGCCUGUACGAGCAAGAGCUUGGAUACUGUGACCUGUAGGGAUGGUGAUUCGAAGGAACCGCAAGAUGACACUGUCACUGCGGACGCGGGCUCAGAUGGCAAAAAAUAUGAGCCGCCGGUGUCGCCCCAAGGAAACCCGGCCCUGACUCACGAGGCUGACGAGGCUGCGGGGGUUUUAACGGCUGAAGCCGAGAGGAGAGAGCUAAACCAAGCUGCUCCACCGGGUUACGGACAAGAGCCCAGUGCAAGGAAUCUCUUCACUUCCACACCGUUCUCGUCACCAAAGCGGAACACACCUCCACCCAUGCUCUUACAAGCUGAUCUACCGGCUUGUCCAUCUCUAUCCAACGGUGAAAAAGCUCCUCUCAGAGCUAGGACGGCUCGAAGCAGCGAUUCUACAUCCAACGGAAGGGCUCUAGGCAUACCAGACCCCCCGCCUGACGAAGAUGUGGCCGGCCUUUCUCCGUCCGGAACUUCACAGGAUCCUCAGCCGCCAGCACAUGCAGCACCUCUCGACCUCGAGAAGCAGCUGGAAGAGUGGGAUAAGAAGCAUCCAUACUUAUCACACUUAUCACCAACUUUCAAGCGCCGUCUACAAGCUCGCGAACCUCGCCCCCGGCUCAGCCGGCAGGGGCCGUGCAGCCCACAGCAUUCUCCAGUCUCGCCUUCAGCAUCAGGGCGGGGACUAUCUGGGCCGUCAAGCUCUGCACAGCAAGAUGAGCUGCCCCCCCCAGACAGCCCUCAGAGCGAGACGUGGCAGAUAUCUCCCGGUAAUAGCACCUGCGACAAGGCCACCUCAAAUAGAUCCCGCGUGGCCGUACUGGGAGCGCGGGGUUCGAAGAGCCCCUGCCACCGUGCAUCUACUCCGCGGCCGUGGGGGUGUGCCUCCCGAGAGAGGAUGCCAUGCCGUGCCUCAAUGGCUAGCGCGGGCGAUCGUGACGAAGCUGAUGAGGCCGUGCCACCCCUGCCCAGGGCGAAGAGGGGGCGCGUAGGGGCUUCCAUUCACCGUCACCGCCACCCUCCCGUCAACGUCCCUGAUUCAAAUGGCAAUAAUUCCUGGGAUGCAGCUGAACAGUAUUCCGAUGAAGACGAAGUUUUACAAGCUAUCCCUCGUAAACGCCACAGAGCUAGUGCGAGGUCUCGGGGCGACGACGAUAAGGAGAGUUACAGCCCUUCUCACUAUAGCGAUGACAAGCAGGAGAAGAAACAGGUGGUGAUUGUCAUAGAUGACACGGAUAAGGAAGGCUGA